UAAAUCUCUUCUAUUUGUGCAGCUGUUACUGUGCUUUUCAAAACUCACUCCCUCACUGCUUUCUUUGAUUUCUUCGCUUAACUGUGUGUGUGUUUUAGUGUGUGAAGAAGCAAGCUCAUCAAUGGCUACUGAACCUGUCUCUAAGCCUCCUUCUCUCCCUCCUUACCCCGAGAUGAUAAUGGGAGCAAUUGAUGCGCUGAAAGAGAAAGAAGGCUCCAACAAGUCAUCAAUAGGGAGACACAUUGAAUCCACAUAUGGUGAUCUGCCAGCUGGACACCAGAACUCACUCACUGAACAUCUCAACAAGCUCAAAGAAGAUGGUGAACUUGUGCUUGUUAAGAAUAACUAUAUGCGCCCCGACCCCAAUGCCCCACCCAAGCGUGGCAGGGGCCGUCCACCUAAGGCCAAGGACCCGAAUGCUCCUGAGACGCCUGUUGCUGCUCCUGCUGCUGCUGCUGCUACGGAUGCUACUGCUGCUCCUACUGCAGGGACAGAUGGGCCUUCGAGAGGCCGGGGACGUCCGAGGAAGGACCCAAAUGCUCCUCCCUCGGCCAAGAAGGCUAAGACGGAUAAGCCCAAGGAUCCGACCCCAUCAAAGAGCGGCAGACCUAGGGGUAGGCCCAGGAAGGUUCAGCCUGAGUUGGCACAAAAUGGUGUUGAAGCUAAUUGAUCAUGACCUGACUUUACCCAACCUGGUUUCAUGUUAUGUAGUGUUGGUAGUUAUUGUUAGUAGUAAUAUUAAGUUAUGUCUAUGUUAUGACUCUGGUAUGUCGAGAAUCUCUAGGGUUUGUUGUUGUUCAUGUGUUUGUUGAAUUCAGAUAAGUUAAGUUUGGUGCAUUUGUAGUGGAGAUGACUAUGUUUAUGGGGAUUUGUCAUAAUUGCUUAUGUAAUGGUUUAUGGAUGAUUAGUUGAGAUUGUA